AUGUCAUCAAAAACUACAGGAUGGAAAAAAUAUUUCCCACAUCUAAGGGUAUUGCCAGAAGAAGCGAUAUUGAAAUCUUUAGCAGAGGCAAGAGACUCUACUUCUGAUCAAGAUCUAUCCAUCAUUCAUGAUGAGGUAGACCAAAAACCCAAAGAUGAAGCUCGUAUCUCUUCAAGCACUUACAAAUCUUCAGGUUAUAUCAAGGAGCAUGCGCAAGAGGUUUCCAUCGACUUGAAAAAGGGUGUUCCCUAUGAAUUAAGAGAUGAGGCUGGUAGGUCUCGAUGGAAAUUUUUCGAUGAGUUUGAAUAUAGGGUUAAUAAGCAUUACAGAAGUACAAGGAAGUGGUAUCAAUUUUUAUAUCCAAAUCAUGACAGAUCUAGUAAGGCUGAAAAAAGGUUGUUGUAUAAAUUAGAUCUAGUCUUGGGUUUAUACUUCCUAUUGCUGUGUUGGUCAAAAACUGUCGAUGCUUCAAAUUAUACCAAUGCUUAUGUCUCUGGUAUGAAAGAAGAUUUGAAUAUGAAAGGUAACGAUUUUAUCACGACAUCCACUAUCGCUAACGUUGGGUCCAUUGUAUUCCAAUUGCCAUUCAUGUAUCUAUUACCAAGAUUCCCUGCCCAUUUAAUCUUACCUAUAAUGGAUUUGGGUUGGACUUGGUUUACUUUUGCUUGUUACAGAGCUCAUUCUCUGGCUGAAUUGCGAGCAUAUAGAUUUAUUCUAAAUGCAUUUGGUGCUGCUUACUACCCUGUAUCUCAGUAUAUUCUAGGUUGUUGGUACGCACCUGAUGAAAUUAGUUCAAGAGUAUGCCUCUUCUUUUGCGGCCAACUUCUGGGUUCAGUUACUUCAGGUCUUUUACAAAGCAGAAUUUAUAGAGAUCUAAAUGGUGUCAACGGUCUUGCCGGUUGGAGAUGGAUGUUCUUGAUUAAUGCUAUCGCCAUAUCUUUGCCAACUGCAAUCAUUGGUUUCUUUGUCAUUCCUGGUGUCCCUUCAAGAUGUUACUCUCUCUUUUUAACUGACGAAGAAAUUAGAAUUGCAAGGGAGCGUAAUAGAAGAAAUAAUAUUACUGAUGCUAUUCCAAAGGCUCAAUUGAAGAAAAUGUGGGAUUGGAGAAUCUGGAAAAAAGUAUUUUUGACUUCUACUUUUUGGAUUCUCGUUGUGUUUGAUUUAACUUCAUGGAACAAUUUUGGAUCUACUGGGGGUGCUUAUACAUUAUGGUUGAAGUCCAAUCCAAAUUAUUCAAUCCCCAAGGUUAAUCAAUUGAGUGUUCUGCCUCCAGCUUUAGGUUUGGGUUUUGUGAUCUUCUGUUCAUUCGGUGCUGAUCUCUUUAGAUGCAAAUGGAUCUUUAUGGUUUUUGCCGCAAUUAUGAAUUGUAUUUCAUGUGGUAUCCUAAUUACGUGGAACGUUAGUAAUAGUGCAAAAUGGUAUGCAUUUUUAACCACUUAUUUCAGUGUUGCUGCAUCACCUUGUUUAUGGUCCUUUAUUAAUGAUUUUUUAAGGUUCGAUCCCCAAGUCAAAGCUGUUACUUGGAUUGCUAUUUACUCUAUUUCCCAGUCGACUAAUGCAUGGAUUCCAAUCUUAGUUUGGCCAACAGUUGAUUCUCCAAGAUUUAAGAAAGGUUAUGUUUCAAGUGUUAUCUUUGGUGGUAUAUAUGGUUUGUGGACAUUUGUAGUUUUGUAUUUCUACAAGAGGAAUGAGAAAAGACACUCAUUGGAUAACGGUAUUAUCAUCUACGAUAGUAGUAAAGGUGAGGAACCACCUUCAUAUGUUGAAACCAACAUGAUUCAAGAAGAUGGUUAUUACUAUGUUAAGAAUGAGUAA